GAAUAAUUAAUUAAGUUGGCACCGACUCCCAAGUCAACGAAAUGCCUAGUACCUUUACCGCCAUUAAAACUCCACUAGUGGUUAGGCAUUUAAAAGAGCUUCUUGUUUUUCUUGGUGCCGCCACCGCAAUGCAUUGGUAACGUGAACUUGUUCCCAUUUGAUUUUAAUGGAAAUUCCACUCAAGGAUGUAUGGGACUUCCAUUCACAUUUACGAACUGUUAGGCCUAAGGUUAGCUAAAGGGAAAUAUCUAUUCACAGUUCCCUUCCACCAUAACCAAAAAAUUAAUUGAACUCCUCUUUCCUCCCUCGUUCUCUAUGUCUCUCUCACCAUGGCCGCAGAACUGAUGGCAGCUUAACUCGAAGGAUGUGAACAACUGAGGGACGCUUUUUCCCUUCAGACGACCGAGUGCAGCACAGCACAUCUUGUCUUCAGGGGAUGAACCCUGCGCUGGCUUUUCCAAUCAUCUCUCUCUCAGUCUCAGAAAACUAUAACUUCAACAAAUGAACCUAAGAGAACAAGGGAAAUUAAGAAAAAGGAAGCACAGUUAUCUUCACUCGUCUUUGUCAAUCUUUAUGACCCAUGUUUCUUCUUCUUUUGACUUGCUCAAAGUCUGGAAUCCAUUAAGCAGAAUUCAAGUGCAUUAGAACAAAUCAUGAAUAUAUUAAUGGAGGGAUAUUUUCAAGCUAAGAGAGCCUAUAAACUAUUGGUUUGGUCGGUAAGAUAUGAAGCCAAAGAAAUUUAAGUAUGGAAUGUUUCCAACUAUCAACCGUUGGAAGGAUCAUUGUAAGAUUCGAUUAAAUAGCCCAUUACAUGCAUGCACAGACAGGGUGGCAGAGAUACGCAAAACUUAUCCCAAAUCCAGCUGCAGAGCACAGCUGCAGCAUGCCCUGCUAUAAAGGAAAGUCUAUUUGACCAUGGUACUAAAAUUGUACACGGAUUUUCCCAAACCCCUGCAAUCCAAGAUCUAAGAUAACUUUUGUAGCCGAAAAGUGAGCAAACCAGCCAUUGGAAACACAAAAGCAAGAAAUUGCUGCUUCCAUCAAGAGAAAAUCUGGACAGAUGUUGGUGUUAGUGGGGGAGGGCUUAGCUCAUCUUACAUCAUUUUUCACCAAAUGUGAUUUCCAGCAAAGCUCAACUUACAGAAGAGAAGCAAUAUAUUGUCUAAAACAAUGAAUGGUUUACAUGACUGAAACAGGAAGGAUUAAUGAAGCCUUUCGUUUUUCCCUACCUUUCAGUCUGGGCAAACUGGUGUAUAUUUUACAAUAUCCAUUAAUACUCUACUACUACCAUGGAGUACCAAAAUUUAAGUGGGAUCGCACUUUGCCCGAGAAGCUUAUCCCCAUCCCCCUUUCAUAUCUUAUCUUUUCUGCUCGCAAGUUGUGGGGUCUUCUCUUCGAGAACUUCGAAAGAUCACUGAUCAACCACCAUCCUCUCUCUCUCUCUCUCUCUCUCUGAACAGAGCAGGAGAGAGACUUCCUGUCUGACCUUAGAAGCAAUAACUCUACUUUGUAUAGCUUUUAUAUCAGCAGAUGCAUGUUCGUACACUUUCGUAUCAAGACGCAAAUACUAUAAAGUAAAAAAGAAGGGUACAACUACAGCACGACAAAGCGCGGCAACCAUCUUAUACAUCAUCGCUCAGCUCACCAUCUCCUAUCAACCUGUCAUGUCAACCAUUUAAUGACACUGCCUCUUUUUCUAUUCUACUGCUAUAUAACCCUUUCUUUCACUUCUGUUUCACCAUCCAACCCACUACACACUUCUCCAUUCCAGAUAGAUAUAUGCAGCUUCUUUUCCCCCCAUCAUCUACUUUUCAUUUCCUUGGGAGACAAUGAAGGGGAAUUCUCUAAGGGCAUGCCUCAAAUGGAGGAAGAUGGGGAGUAGAGUCAUACCUUGUGGCAGUUGCGAGUACCGCUAUCAGUGGGCAAAGUGGCCUUCCAUGCACCAAGAGAGCUCAAUCCCUAGGGAUGUGCCCAAGGGUCACUUGGUAGUGUAUGUUGGUGAAAACUAUAAGAGGUUUGUAAUUAAAAUCACCUUGCUCAAGCACCCACUUUUCAAGGCAUUGCUGGAUCAAGCUGAAGAUGAAUACGAUUUUACCACUGACUCCAAACUCUGCAUUCCUUGCGAUGAAAGCCUGUUCCUUGAUGUUGUUCGUUGUGCUAGCUCUCCCGAAGUUGGGAAGCUCUGCUAUUGUCUUUAGGAAUUCAUGCUAGAAAUUUGAUUGAUUCACGAGGUUCCAGUCCUAGUCAGAACGCUAGUGUGUACUAUACUGAGAAGACAUUCGUAACAUAAAUUCUGUAGCUUAUAAAUGUCAUUCAAUUGAAAAAUGUUUUAACUUCUGUUUUUGCUCGUUUGUAAGUUAUGUUUCUAAGAGCCUCAACCCCUCAGGGCAUGUGAAAAUUUGAAAGCUCUUGGCGCAUGUAGAGCAGAGUUAUACACACGGUACGAUACCAGAUCAACACUGAACAAGAAGCUGUACCACACCCCACCAGCUGACAGCAUUCUGACAGUUCCAGUUGGGCCAAACUGGCAGAUUCAUUAGCUCUGGCCUUCCCCUACCACUCUCCAUAUCUUUGAAACUUAAACAAUAAUAACAGCUAAGGAAGUAUACAACUAUAGAUUAUGUUUAUAUUUCUAUCAUAGAAAAUUGCCGUCACUGAGAGUGAGAUCAUGUUCCUUACGGCUUACUCUCCUCAAGGCCAGUGUCCCUUAUAUUUACCCGUAAUAUUUACCAUUCAGCAGGCUACAUAUUAAACAGAUACAUGCCCAAAGCAGGUAAUUUAUCAAGACGAAUCAAUCACUCAAGGUGUUGCCAGGAUUAUGAAAGCAGGAUUCUUUGUGAUUUGUCCAGGUUAACAAUGUCAG